AGACCAGGCACAGCAGUCAGUCGCAGACCUGAUUCAGGCUCAGUGCUGCAGCACCGGAUCUGGUUCGGUUCUGGGUCUCUGACGCCUACCGUCCCUCCCGCGUGUUCGGAACCGGUAAACCUGCACCUUUCUCGGACAUGACGCGGCCGUGAGAGCACUGGUUCCCCUUCAAUCCUCCAGGAGCAUCUCUUUCGGAGCGGAGGCGGGAGGACUGCAGCGGACAUGCCGGGCCCGGUCCUCCUCCUUGCACUGACGGCCCUCCUGGUCGGCUGUGAAGCUUCCGGACGCAGUUCCUCUCAGCGUGUCAUACCACUACGUCCUCCUCAGGCUCCUCUGUUUGGGGAUGAGACCCCAGGUCGGUCACAUUUCGUCCAGGAAUUAGUCAGAGCCAAACGCCACUCAGGCACUGAGCUAGUCCGAGCGCAGCCUCAUUUGGUUCAUGAUUUGGGCCGGCCGGAGAUCCACGAAACGUCCCGUUCACGGACCAGAGUGGAGUCAGCUAAUUCCUCACAGCUUAAUGCACCACACCAGGAGGUAGCCAGGACCUCUGCUGCAGUGGAAGAAGAUCCUGAUGUGGAUGAUGUGAUGGAGCAUAUGGUUCAUCUCAUAGACCCCCAGGACCCAGAAGGCUACAGUGGACCCUCAUACCCAGCUGACCCAGAGACGGUGCUCGUUGGUGGCCCAGGGGCGGGAGAUAACUCCCAAGAGGCUUCUGGUUUCUAUGGGAUGGACAUGGAGGACAGAGACAGAGGAGACGAAGGAGAGGACCAAGAGGGAAGAAAAGAAGAAGAGUGGGAGCGAGACACAGGAGAAGAAAGAGAGAGAGAAGCGCAUGACAAAACAGGAGGAGGGAUGGAUGAACACAAUGUCCCAGAAGUCUUAGAGGUUAAUCACUCAUCUCCAGACCUGGAUGCUCUGAUCGGCUACACGUCAUCCCUGCAUCCGUCCAAAGAGCCCGACAGCAACUCCUUCCUGAAUGAGGAGCAUGAUUCUGGGCUGCAGGAGCAUCGUGGCUCCUCAGUUCUGGAGGUAGGUCCUUUCGAUCGAGAGCUGCUGGAAGCAGAGAAGGAUGGAGACUCUCAGUCCAGCGGCUACGGACUUCUUCGCUCUUCCAGUUCUUUGGUUCAGUCAACAUCAGCACCUACAGCAGCCUCCAGCACUGAUGUUCCAGAUGUUUCUGCAGAUGUUGGAACUGCCACCCCAGAAACGGACACAGGCACAGACUUUGGGCUUCUGGGAAGUUACACAAGGGAUGAAACAGGGGAGGAGGAACCAGGCCUGAUGUUUACAGGUGUGAUUACCCAGAAUCCCACAGCUCCAGAGGUUGGCUCAGCUCCCAGCAGGGAGCCUCUACAGCCCAGUUUCGAAGAGGAGGAGUACUGGGAACAAGAGUUUAAACCAAAAGACAAAAAUGAGAAAGAGACGCUGAGAAGAGCGGAAACAAGAGUAUGGCCCAUCCUAGCGCUCACCACCGAUCCGUCUCCUACCGUCAGCUUCACGGAGAGCGAGCUCAGGUCCGAUCCGGAGGAACAACGACAGGUGGUUUGUUUGAACUGGAGUGAACUGGCUGCUCGAGGCUACGUCAUCCUGAACAUGACCAAAAACAUGAACUGUGAGGAGUUCCGUGUGGAUCAGGGUGUUAGGUUGUUGAAGAUUAUUGAGCGAGUGUUUGCUCGGAGAAUGAACAGCCCUGAAGGAUCAUGGGUAAUCUACCUUAGCAAGCCAACACAUCAGCAACAUCAGCUGCUGAUGAACGUGGCAUCUGGGCAUGGUGUGAUUGCUACUCAAGAUGUUCUGGACAUUCUGGGAGAGAUCAGAAAAAGCCUGGAUAAGGUGGGCAUCCAGAACUACAGUGCGGCCACCAGCUGCCAGUCCCGCCCCAGUAAAACACGCAGCGACUACGGUAAACUGUUUGUGGUUCUGGUCAUCAUCGGUGCCAUCUGCAUGAUCAUCAUCACAUCUGGAUUCAUCUACAUCUGUUGGCAGAGGCGUCUGCCGGCGGUGAAGACCAUGUUUCCCACUGAAGAGCUUCAUUCUGUAGAGAACGGUUACCAUGACAACCCCACCCUGGACGUGACCAAUGACACCCAGCCUGAGAUGCAGGAGAGGAAGCCGAGCACCAAUGGGCUGGCGUCGGUGGGAGGAGGCGGGGGAGGAAACGACAGCCGCUGGCAGGCUUUCGUCAACCAAGCAGCAACUGAGGAUGAUGAAGAGGAGCAGGACACACACCUCUGACUGAUGAGGAGGAGAUUUUUAUUUCAUACAUGGAGCCAAGAGGAGAGAAGGAGAUCACCAUGACGACAGAAAAGGAAGAAAACAAAAUGUGUUACAUGGGGCACACACAGGAAGACAUGAUGUCCUGUCAGAGUUUAGUGAAGGCCGAGGAGACACGGAGCUCAGCUGGAGGAGUCGCUGAUGUCAUUUAGAGGAUCAGAGUUAUUACUCCAGUUAGAACCUGUUCUUGAUGUUGGAAACAUCCUAUCCCUCCUGGGUUUAGUGUGCCUUGCGCUCUUAGCUCUUCGUAGGGUGGCUGCACAAAACUAUUUCGGUGUUAGAGACAAUAAAUCACAGCAUGAAGCUUCUUUCUCCACCUGCACCAUUUGAAUGUAAAGAAGCCAUGUUGGGCCACAGGAGGAAUGGUUUCUUCAGCUUGGAGAGCGCCUUUAGGUCUGAUGUUUACUGUGAUUACCAGCAGUGGAAUGUAACUUUAAAUACACACUCAUGUAAAACGUGAAAUAAUGCAUGACUGUAGAUGAAGAUAUCAAACUGUAAAUAAAGCAGACACAUUAAUCGGUAGAUGUAAAGACAAAAAGCAGCAAAUGUAGUAAUGCAACACUCGUACUUUCACAAUAAAACACUUCAUACAAGAUCAUCUCUACUUUUGCAAUAUUCUGGAUGUCUAGUGAUGGCUUCUACCAACCGGCAUGUCCAAUGCAGAACACCCUGAAGGGAAAAACACAUUUAAAUUCUUAAAGUCUGACAGCAGCGACUCCUCAGCUCCAACUACUGAAGAGAAACUCUUACUGUGAAAGUUUUGCCACUUUAUCGACUCCCCUGGAAGACGAGACCGUCACCAAAAUGUUGCAUCAUGUUUAACAUUUGCACAACUAUCUCUGUUUUGCUUCUAGUAUUUCUUGUACCUGCUGAAGAUGUUUCCUGUGCGCUCUAAAUCCGUUGGCUGAAGCUCUGCUUGUGCCCCGAUAGCCUGAUGUGCUUAAACAUGCCGUGUGCAACACGCAGGCUAACCCUAACCCAUGUCACAUCACGAGUCAGAGAUCACAUGUUUGACUGACCAGAAAAACCUUUGAUGUUGCAGUUCUGUCUGAUUAUUUCCCUGCUAAUCGUGUUAAAGUUACAACACCAGAGAGUUCAUAGAAACCAAAUGCAGCUCCAGCGUGGAAAAUUACAUUUUAGAUCAAAAUCCUGACUUUUAAUAUUAGAAACAAACAGGAAGAGUUGGCAUUUUAAGUCGGCUGCAGACACAGGUUUAUGUCAGCAGGUGUUGAACUGUUUAGUGGUAAUUCAGACUUUCAACUUUGGGCCUAAACCUGAGCAAUCGGUCAAGUUAAAAUAAAAACAGUUUUUAUUCUGUUCUCUGAGAAAUGUUUUAAUAUCUUCAUAACUUCAGAUGUUUUGAUGUGUUUUAUAGACUCUUAUUGUGAAACUUUAAAGGGAGUUCUUUGAGCUCAGCUGUGGACGCCCGUGUGAGAGAAGCCAAAAGACUACAAAACACUAGAGAGGUCAUUUCCAGAUGAGCUUCAGGUUUUCUGGAGGUUUAUUUCUCUCAGUGGCCAUGAUGAUGUGUUCUUGAUCAGCCAGAGCAGCAGAAAUAAGAUGUAAAAACACUGAAGUUAUAUUCUGAAAAACAACCAGAAUCAUCAGUGGGAAGGAGUCGUCACAUCUCCCGUUUAAGUAGACGCAGCUGAAGGGAACUUACUCUCUUCCUUGUUGUUUGAUGAAGUCGUACUAACAGAAUGUAAGAUUCAACAUGGAGGUCCAGGAACCAACGAGGGAAACGUGUUUGAAUCAUAGCUUUUAUUUUGGACUGAUUCUGUCACAUCUAAGUUUCUCUCAUAUCCGAGGCCCAGUUUGGGGUCAGAUUGGAGUUACCGAAACCUGAUUAAGGAUCCAAAACACCAACUGAUGUCUGAUGACUUCCUUUAAGGAUUUGAAACUAAAUGUUUGAUGAAUAAUCUGAAGUUUUCAGAAUAAGAAACUAAGAUGUAGCUGUCCCAUUUUGGGUUCGUCUGGAGAACAUUUCAGCCCAGAAUAAGUUAACAAAUUGAAAUGACAUUUUGUCUUAAAGCUCCUUGAUUGUCCAAACAAUCCCACAUUAUAUCCGAUUGGUGUUUGUGUUGAACUGAGGACUCUGCUGAAUUUAUCACAAAUUCUUUAUGUUUGGUCCUAAUAAAUGUCUCUAUGGAGGUCGACAGCAACGGGAUGUUUAUUCAUGUUUGCUGGCAGAUGAACCAAAAGCAUUUGAGUCGUGUUUCUGUUUGUUUUAUUUUAUUCUGAUUGCUAUUUUUAAAGCUGCACUGGUGCAUUUCUGUUCCUGCUGCAGUUAUUCCAGAUACGUCUGGUGUUUCAGCCCUUAUGGAUUCAUAUACUGCCGACUGAUCCCGCUCUGUCAGCUAAGUGUUAGCUGGAUGUUCAUCAAUCAGAAGAAUUUAUACACGACUGCCUGCCGCACAGACUGCGUUUGUAAAGCAGAACAGAUGAGGAUGUAGCUUUUAGCAUCAUCACAAUAAACAAAUGUUGCAAAUGUUUCUAAAUGUGCUUUUGUUGUUGAUAUUACUAAUUGGUCUAUUUUAUUUCCUUUCCUCUCAUAAUUUAAUGUUAGCUUCAGGUUGCUGAGCACUCAUUUGUAGCAGAAAUGUGUUUAUGUCCUAAUUAGACUGGAAUGGUUUUGGUUUAAUAUUUUGUUCAUUUUAAUAGCUUUGUGUUGUAAUACUCCAGUAACAGUGAUACAGUGAUUUUCUAGGUUUUCAUAAGCUUUUAGAUCACCUAGGUUUUCAUUUCUUUUGUUGCCUGUGUACAAAAAUAAAGUUAGAUUUAAAUUA